CAUCUUCAAUAUCGUAAGAGUAAAACAAGCAUUUCAAUGACAAUCUAAUGCAUAAUUUGAAACCACGCAGGUGUCAAAAAUUAGUAUCUAACGUGACACACACAUGCUUACUAUGACGCUGUGUUCCGGUCACGUGGUCAACAAACCCAUGACGCCAGACGCUCUCCAUAAAGACGCCAUUACCGUUGCCUUCAAUUGACCUUUUCUACACGACCGCAUUAAAACUAUUAAUUGGUGAAAUAUUUGUUAUACAAAUUGCAUAAAGAACAAAUUAAAUUUAAAUCGAAGCUGAGGUUGUUCAAUCUGGCUUGAAAAGCAGGCAAAAAAGUCACCGGGCUCACCGCGAAAUCUCACGGGCUCCGAGUCCAGAAUGCGAAAAUAAUUACGUUGGGUACAAAAUGGCGAAUGUUCUCUUCGCUUCGACAUGCGCAGACUGAGCAGAGGCUUUCCCUCUGAAAUGAAGCUCCGUUCCCACACACCCUUCCAGCCAAUAGGCUUAGCUGAAGGCACGCAUCUGACUCAAUUCGACCAAUCAGAACCGUGGACAACGCAGAACAGGAAACAAGUAGCCAAUCGGGGACCAGGAUGGAUUUGUUGUAUUCGCAAAGAGUGCGACUCAAAGAACACCAAUGAGAAAGCGUCAUUCGCAGCGCCGCUUUCAUACUCCGCAAUCAGGUUUCGCGCUUCAGCCUAGCCAAUAGAAUUUCUCUUAGCAGUCAGCCAAUCGCAAUGUUCUGAAUUUGCUCACACUGGCCCCGUAAGCCAAUAGGGAUCCGAGAAACACAACCUCAGCUCAACAGCUUGUUAUUUCGUCUAUGCCUUUGCAACCUAGUCGAAUGCUGAGCUGAAGCAGUCAUAUAGGAGCAUCAGUCGAAACCAAUCGAGCUGGACUCCCUCAAAUAGCCAUCAAGAUGAAGGUAGCAGAUGAACCUGCCUACCUGACUGUGGGGACGGAUGUGAGCGCAAAGUACCGUGGUGCCUUCUGCGAGGCAAAAAUCAAGACUGUUAAACGCAUGGUAAAGGUUAAGGUUAUGCUUAAAGGAGACAGCACCUCACAAGUUGUCCAAGAUGACCAAGUCAAAGGACCCUUAAGGGUUGGCUCAACAGUGGAAGUGAAGGGCCCAGAGGGUGGACUUAGCGAAGCUGUCAUCAACAAACUCACAGAUGCCAGCUGGUACACUGUGGUUUUUGAUGACGGUGAUGAGAAAACCCUUAGAAGAACUUCACUGUGUCUUAAAGGCGAAAGACAUUUUGCAGAGAGUGAGACUUUGGACCAACUGCCCCUUACUAACCCAGAGCACUUUGGCACUCCAGUCAUUGGAAAGAAGACAAAUCGGGGUAGAAGGUCUUCUCAGGCAGUUGCAGAAGAUGAGAAGGAGUCUUCAUCGAGUGAAGAUGACGACGACGACAAGCGAAGGCUUAAUGAUGAUCUUUUGGGGAAAGUUGCUUGCAUUCAGAGUGGGUCUGAUAGUGAUUCCUGCCACUACGUCUUGGUGAUAUCUCCAAGCUGCAAUGAUGACCUAACUGUCAAAAAGGACCAAUGUUUAGUGAGAUCAUUUGCUGAUUCCAAAUUUCACACCGUGGCACGCAAAGAAGUUCAGGAAGUAAACAUUGACACCCUCUCUAAACCUGAAUACUCACUCAAGAAAGGGUUUGAAGCGGCACAGCUCUUUCUAAAAGCCAGACAGGUCCCUGACAGCUGGAAAGUGGACUUGAGUGAGAUUCUUGAAUCCUCCAGCAGUGAUGAAGAUGAUGGGGAUGGGGAUGGAGAAGGCAAAGGCAGCGAGGAGGAGGAACAAAAGAAGCCAGAACCAGAUGAACCUGAUGAUGAACCAGACCCAGAGGAAAGGGACCACUUUCUACAGCAGCUUUACAAGUUCAUGGAGGACAGAGGGACUCCAAUUAACAAACCUCCAGUGCUUGGCUACAAGGAUCUCAACCUCUUCAAGCUCUUCCGACUGGUGUAUAUUCACGGAGGCUGUGACCAUAUUGAGAGCGGAUCUAUUUGGAAACAGAUCUACAUGGAUCUUGGCAUCCCGGUUCUGAACUCUGCUGCCUCGUACAAUGUGAAAACAGCCUACAAAAAGUAUCUGUACGGAUUUGAGGAGUACUGCCGUUCGGCUCAGAUCCAAUUCAGGACGGUGCACCACAACGAGCCGCGGCCAGACAGGCAGCCAGAAGCGCAGAGCAUUAAAACUGUGAAAAAAGAGAGUGAAGACACAGAUGAGAUGAUGCUGCAGGUUACAGCGGAGCCUGGAACCAGCGAGGACAAACCUGUGGCAGACGCUGAUGAGUCGGAUGCUGAGAGUGAAAAAGGAUGCAAAGAUAUCUGCUCGCCCAGGGGCCGGCGACGGUGUACGUUGACCCCGGUGAAAGUAGAGGUGAGGGAGCCAGUGAAGCAGGAGAAAUCAAAGGAGGAGAAGAAAGAGGAGAUACAAGUUGGAGGAGAAAACAGCGGAGAGGAGCAAAAGGAGAAAUCUGAUGGUGAGACCCCCGGGAAACGCCGCAGUCACCGCCUCGACGAGUCUGAUAAAGAUACUGAUGACGAAGAGCAGGAAGACGAUGAAGAUGAGGAGGAAGAUGGCGAGAGAUCCAGACUCAGGGACCGUGAUGAGAGGGAGGAGGGUGACUGCUGUGAGGAUUCUGAGCACUCUUUGACCGGCACUAAAGUCAAAGUGAAAUAUGGCAAGGGGAAGACACAGAAGAUCUACGAAGCUAACAUCAAGAACACGGAGAACGAUGAUGGAGAGGUUCUUUACCUGGUGCAUUACUACGGCUGGAACGUGAGAUAUGACGAAUGGGUCAAGGCAGAUCGAAUAAUAUGGCCUGGAGAUAAGGGUGGAACAAAGAGAAAACAAAAGAAAAAAAUGAAGAAUAAAGAAGAUGGAGAGGAGGAUAAGACCAAGGUACGACGAGGUCGUCCUCCACUUAAAUCCACCCCUCCCAGCACCUCCCGCAGUCUGUCCAAGACCCCCAGCAGCGAGGGUCGAUCCAGCAGCAAGAACUCACGGCCCGCAGAUACCUCUGCCCUGCCAAAUGGAGAUAGUACCCCUCGCCGGCGAACAAGGAGAACUUCUGGGAUGUAUGAUUCUGAUAGAGGAUCUAAUGAUUCAGGGAACUCUUCAGAUGAUAGUGAGUGCGAGGAAUCUCCCGAGAAAAAGCUGGAGUGGACCGAGAGAACUGAUUCACCCUUGACAGCAAAACAACUGGAAGCUGAGGAUCUCUCGGAGGAGAGCACAAUGCCAGAACCUGAUCAGACUGAGCCUGAACUACCCAGCAGCCCACAGGAGAUGCCCAACUUCAAGGAGAGUGAGUGUAAACCCGAAGAAGAUGCAUCCCGGCUCCCUGUUGAGUCUGAUGACGGAUCUCCAAAACCAAGAGCAAAGAAGCCUCGUUUGAAAGAGCCAGGAUCAGAGACACAAACACCUCCAGCUGCUAAUCACACAGAGACAGAGGAACCCUCCACUCCUCCUCGGCCUUUGAAGAAAUCCCAGGAAACUCCGCAUAACAGUCCCGUGGAGAGAAUAAAGCUGACGGAGACAGCCGGUUCAGACACGGACUCUGCGACAGAGGACAUCGGGCCUCCAGAGCGAAGCAACGCACUGAAACGCAAAAUCACUGAACAGCGAACGCCGGAAAAGAAAAUUCGCCUGGACAGAAAAGAAGAACCCAAAGCGCUUUCUCCAGUUAAAACACCACUUAUAGAGAACAAACCUGAGCCUGAGAAGAGGGACGAGGAGAAACCCGAGGAUCUCUCUACUCCAACACUAUCAUCGCCCUGCAAAGAUAUCGAGAUGAAAUCUGAGAUGCCUGCUCUUACUAGAGAAGUGCUCCUCAAGGUAGAACCUCCAUGCCCAAGGCUGGAGGAUCCAACAACAGCCACAAAUGAGGAAAUGAUGCCUCAAAUUGGCCCAGAGGCACUGGUCUGCCAUGAAGUGGACCUUGACGAUCCUGAAGAGAAGGAGAAACCCUCUGGUGAAGAGAUACUGAAAAUGAUGGAGGAAGAGAAAGCUCAGCCUGAGCCUCAGCCUCUGGAGCCUGCUGACCACCUUCCUCAUGUCCUGGUUGCAGUGGGACCUCCACGUCUGUUUUCCCCAUCCUCUACCCCCAGCCCAGACGAAUCUCAAAGCACUAAGGGAGAGAGUGACGCAACCAUUGAGGUAGACAGUGUGGCAGAAUCACAGGAGGGUCUCGGCGAGAACGAGUCAACUCACAGCUUUGAUGCUAGUGCAAGUUCGAGUAAUUCCAGCAUCUCACUUCAGGAUAGAGAUGGAAAGGACAGAGGUCAAAAGAGGUUGUUGGAUUGCAUUACCAGCUCGUCGGCCAAGAAGCAAAAACGCAGCCAGAAACGUUCAAGCGCUGUUUGUAAAACAGAAAAGAAUGGAGCAGGUCACAGUAGCGACAGUGAGGACCUGCCUGCCAUGGACAGCUCUAAUAAGCUAACCCCAGUCAAGCACUCCAGCCUACCCAAGAGCCAGAAGCUUUCUCGAUCGCCCGGUAUGGUUUCUCCCAACAGUAAAGACAUGGAGAAAGACAAGCACAAAGAGAAGCAGUCCAUCCCUUCUCCCCGCACACACAAGUGGUCCUGCCAGUUGACUGAGCUGGACAACAUGUCAAGUACUGAGCGCAUUUCAUUCUUGCAAAAGAAGUUACAGGAAAUCAGGAAAUACUACAUGUCACUCAAGUCUGAGGUGGCUUCCAUCGACAGGAGGCGGAAAAGGUUAAAAAAGAAGGAAAGAGAAGUGUCCCACACCACAGCGUCCACAUCAUCAGGCUCAUCCGACACAGGCAUGAGCCCGUCCUCGGCUUCCCCCACGCAGAACACUGUGGCCGUCGAGUGCAGGUGAUGUCACGCCCGUGCCCUGUCCCGCCCCGCUCCGCCUCUGCCUUCCCAGCAUCCCGCUGCCUCCACGGAGACACGCAUACUGACGAGCCAGAGCAAGCAGCCAAUAGCACUCGACUGCCCUCCGCCUCCACGCCGCCUCUGAUCCCUAUCGGCCACUCCCACCUUCUGCACUUUGUAAACUGAUCCUGCCUCCUCUCGCUCGCUGUCGGCACCAGGGAACGGACUCUACGUGAGGGUUGAAUGUAAUCUACGGAAACAAAGCUUACGAUUUAUCCAUCCAGAAUGAAUACGAUGGCACUUUUCGCUUCUCUCUGCAACCGCUGAACAGAAACCACACCUCUUACUGCUUAUGUGCAGCAGGGACUGCUAAUCAAUCAGUUGUUCGUUCCUCUAUCAGAACAUGGUAAGAAAACGGUCUCGGAUCCCUAGGUAAUGGUCACCUUAACCAGCUGGAUAUGGUUAUUCAAAGAAAGGUCAAUUGUAGUGCGCUUGUUCCAUCAGAACUGCCAAAGUACACGUGCUACAGCAGAGUGCCCUAUUUUGGAAAAGUAGGACAAAGUCAAUUGCGAAAGGGAAUGUAGUUUACUGAAAACCGCAGCUGGCGUCUUCCACUUCUAUCUUAGUAUGUGAGCACAGAGAAUUAUGCAAAACCUAUUUUUGUUGUCUCUUUUUAAUAAAAUAAGAAAAUGGAAAUGGAAAAAAAAAAGUAUAAAAUGUUUACAGUGGAACACGAGAUAAAACUGUUUUCAGUGGACUAAUUUCCUUUGCAAGUGUAUUUUGUCUUUUUAUAUGUAAUUGCAGAGUUUUUAUUUUAGUAUGGAAAAUUUCAAAAAGUAUAUAUCGCAGCCGUGAAGUUAUUUAAUGAAAGAUUUCUAGAGCUGAAAUUUUUGUGUAAAAUAAAGGUAUUAUCUUGCAACUUGUUAAAUAUAUUUAUUCAGUCCGUGGACAGCAUUUUUGUAUUUUUUACAAGAUGAGAGUCAGUCGUCCCACAUCCAGUUCGGUCGGUGGAGUGGAAGGAAUAUGAGGAUUUCGUGGGGUCAUCUUGAACCUUUGAAUGUGACGUCACAAUUUGGGUAACUACUGUGCAGUAAACGGCAUCUUCCCAUGUUUUGUUCAUUCAUUUGGGCUCAAAGCUCCCUUGAUGGAACACCAGAAAUUGGUGACCUGCUUUUUAUUUUCCUCUCCAUCCUUUUUUUUUUAAUUAUUAUUAUUUGUCUUCCUGGUACUUUAUAAUUUAAACAAUUAUUCUCAUUUUCGUUUUGAGUUCUUGGUCAAUUGAAUAAAUUCGUUGCUUCUCUCACCAGUAUGUUAAGCCCAGGGGUUUCUUACUGAUUGUUCCUUUUGUAAAUAGAUCUUUCAGAAAACCAUGUAUUUGAAAAAUACAUUUUACACAAACUGUAAAAAUGAUUUAUAUUAUUUUUUAAACAGUUCAUCUUUGUAUAUUAAUUUCUUUUCUAUGUCAAGUUGGUAGAAGCAUUAGCACAUCUUUUGACUGUAUAUAAUCGACCAUUUAGGAACCUAAACCCAAGCUGUCUAGAGUGAUGACCAUGUUGAACACUUAUUGCUGUAGGCAUCUAUCAAUUCACUGCGAUGAAAUUGUGAAAACUUGCUUCCCUGUGACUUCAGUUUAUUUACAGAUUCCUGAAUGAAGAAAUGAAGGCAUUAGGUUCCUGUGCAAAGCCAUUGUAUCAUUAUGUAAAAUAAGAGGUCUCUCAUUUCUAAUAAAGUUUUGAAAUAUUCAGAAA